AUGGAUUCUGCGGAGCACGUUGCACCAGCUUUUAAGAAUCACCCUCCGACGGCCAAAAUGGUUUGUGAGGCGAUCGGGACGUUGAACGAACGGGGUGGGUCGUCGCUUCAGGCCAUAAAGAAAUACGUGUCCGUCAACUACCUACUGGACCCGCAUCGAAGCGGCACGUAUGUCACGAAGUACAUCAAGAAGGCUGUGGCGUCCGGCGAGCUGGUGCAGACGAAAGGCCGCGGGGCGGCUGGGUCCUUCAAGCUGGCGCCGAAGGCAAAGGUGAAGCCCAAGGUCGCGAAGGCUAUGGACGGCGACACUGAAACCGCCGCUGUGGCGCCGAAACCAGCUGCAACGAAACCAGCAACGACGAAACCAGCUGCGACGAAACCAGCUGCUACGGAACCAGCUGCAACGAAACCAGCAGCGACUAAAGCGGCAGCGGCGAAACCAGCUGCGGCGAAACCAGCUGCGACGAAAGCGGCAGCGACGAAUCCGGAGGCGUCAAAAGCGGCAGCGACAAAACCAGCAGCAUCAAAAGCGGCAGCGAAAGCGGCUGCGGCAAAGCCGGCAACAUCGAAAGCAGCAGUGCCUAUAGCGGCGGUUCCGAAACCAAAGGCAACGGCGGCGACGAAGCAACCCAAGAAAGAAUUGAAGAAGGAAUCGUAA